AAUAAAAAUAAAACCGCUUAUAUAUAUCACAAGUGAGUGAGUUCUUUUAUAGUUGUGUGUUUUGUACCCCCCUCAGCCUCAGCAGCACAUUCUUGUACAAUGCCCCAUGAAAUUUCAGAGAAAAGAAAAUCUGCAUUUACAACACUUGUUCCACUUGAAGCGGUAUUGUUCGAUAUUGAUGGAACUCUUUGUGAUUCAGAUCCCAUCCACUUCGUUGUUCUUCGAGAAUUGCUUCAAAGGACUGGUUUCAACGGUGGGAUUCCAAUAGAUGAAGAUUUUUUUGCUCAAAAUAUUUCCGGAAAGCUUGAUGACGACAUUGCAGCUGUUCUUUUCCCUAAUGAUAUCGAAAGAGGUUUAAAAUUAUGUGAAGAAAAAGAAGAACGUUUUAGGAAGUUGGUGAAGGAAAAAGCUAUGCCCAUAAAGGGUCUAUACAAGUUAACUAAAUGGGUUGAAGAUCAUGGGCUGAAACGGGCCGCUGUUACUAAUUCCCCUAGGCCCAAUGCUGAGCUCAUGAUCUCAACUCUUGGCUUAACCGAUUUCUUCCAUCAUAAUAUUAUCAUUGGUGAUGAGUGUGAGCAUGCCAAACCGGCACCAGAUCCUUACCUAAAGGCUCUUAAACUUCUCAAUGUUUCUAAAGACCAUACUUUCAUUUGUGAGGAUUCAGUUUCGGGGAUAAAGGCGGGUGUUGCAGCUGGAAUGCCAGUUAUUGGAUUAACGACUAGAAAUCCCAAACAUGUGCUCAUGAAAGCAAAUCCUACGCUUCUCAUUGAAAAUUAUGAAGACCCCAAACUAUGGGAAGUCUUAGGAAAACUUAAUAAAAGGGAGAAUGAAGCUUGAUACAAUGAUUAUAUUGAAGACAUGUCUCUAGAUUCAAUCUGCUUAUGAAAUUUGUUUCCCUAUAUUGAUUGUAUUUUGUCUAAAGUUAUGUGGUGUAUGAAACUUUGUACCCUAUUAUUAAUAUGUUGCAUCCUUUUGUUUUGUCAA